AUGGCAAAUAAGAUCAAAAUCAAUAUCAAGCAGCCUGGACAACCAGGGCAGAACAAACAGCCUGGACAACCAGGGCAGAACAAACAGCCUAGACAACCAGGACAGAACAAACAGCCUGGACAACCAGGGCAGAACAAGCAGCCUGGACAACCAAGACAGAACAAACAGCCUGGACAACCAGGACAGAACAAACAGCCUGGACAACCAGGACAGAACAAACAGCCUGGACAACCAGGACAGAACAAACAGCCUGGACAACCAGGACAGAACAAACAGCCUGGACAACCAGGACAGAACAAACAGCCUGGACAACCAGGACAGAACAAACAGCCUGGACAACCAGGACAGAACAAACAGCCUGGACAACCAGGGCAGAACAAACAGCCUGGACAACAGGACAGAACAAGCAGCCUGGAUAACCAGGACAGAACAAGCAGCCUAGACAACCAGGACAGAACAAGCAGCCUAGACAACCAGGACAGAACAAACAGCUUAGACAACCAGGACAGAACAAAAAACCUGGACAACCAGGACAGAACAAACAGCCUAGACAACCAAGACAGAACAAACAGCCUAGACAAUCAGGACAGAACAAACAGCCUGGACAACCAGGACAGAACAAACAGCCUGGACAACCAGGGCAGAACAAGCAGCCUGGACAACCAGGACAGAACAAGCAGCCUAGACAACCAGGACAGAACAAGCAGCCUAGACAACCAGGACAGAACAAACAGCCUGGACAACCAGGGAAGAACAAACAGCCUGGACAACCAGGACAGAACAAACAGCCUGGACAACCAGGACAGAACAAACAGCCUGGACAACCAGGACAGAACAAACAGCCUGGACAACCAGGGCAGAACAAACAGCCUGGACAACCAGGGCAGAACAAGCAGCCUGGACAACCAGGACAGAACAAGCAGCCUAGACAACCAGGACAGAACAAACAGCCUGGACAACCAGGACAGAACAAACAGCCUGGACAACCAGGACAGAACAAACAGCCUAGACAACCAGGACAGAACAAACAGCCUGGACAACCAGGACAGAACAAACAGCCUGGACAACCAGGACAGAACAAACAGCCUGGACAACCAGGACAGAACAAACAGCCUGGACAACCAGGGCAGAACAAACAGCCUGGACAACCAGGGCAGAACAAGCAGUCUGGACAACCAGGACAGAACAAGCAGCCUAAACAACCAGGACAGAACAAGCAGCCUAGACAACCAGGACAGAACAAACAGCUUAGACAACCAGGACAGAACAAAAAGCCUGGACAACCAGGACAGAACAAACAGCCUGGACAACCAGGACAGAACAAGCAGCCUAGACAACCAGGACAGAACAAGCAGCCUGGACAACCAGGGCAGAACAAACAGCCUGGACAACUAG